AUGCUAUUUAUCACUGUUUAUCAAGACUCAAUUAAAGCAGAAUUACGUUGUCGAUGUUUAAUGAGCGACCCAGCAUGCUGGCCAAAUAAAUUCGUUUGGCGAAAAUUUAACAAAUCAAUUGAUGGGCGAUUAAUUUUUGUACGACCGACUGCUGCAUUUUGUGCUGGUAAUCCGCCAAAUAUGGAGGUUUGUAAUGACGCUCGUUCUCAGUGGACAAGUGAUCUAGAAAACGUAACAUGUACUCAAGGAUCUGUUCCUCUAUAUGGAGUCAAUGCUACCACAGUUGAACAUGUUAUAGCAACGAUACGCUUGGCUAAUGAGUAUAAUCUUCGAUUAGUAAUAAAGAAUACAGGACAUGAUUAUUUGGGUCGAUCAACAGCUGCUGAUUCACUACUUCUUUGGCUUCAUUAUAUGAAAAAAAUGACUUUAGUUGAGAAAUAUAAAUCGUGCACUGGUGAAAUUGUCUCAAAUGCAAUUCGUUUAAGUGCCGGUGUACAAUGGGGUGAAGUUUACUCUUGGUUAGCGAAUUAUAAAUUAAUAGCGAUUGGCGGUAUAUCAAGUACAGUAGGUGCAGUCGGUGGAUACUUAUUAGGUGGUGGUCAUGGACCAUUGUCACGUUGGCAGGGAAUGGCUGUUGAUCAAGUUCUAGAAUUUGACGUUGUAACAGCUGAUGGACAACGUCGAAAAGUCAAUGCUUGCCAAAAUCAAGAUUUAUUUUGGGCUUUACGUGGUGGAGGUGGCCAGACUUUUGCUGUUGUACUCGGAGCAGUUUUGCGCACAUUUCCUUCACCAUCGAUGGUUAGUACUAGUUAUAGUAUUUCUGCAUCGAAUGAAACACGCUAUGCUCGUCUCAUUCGAGAUUUCGUUCGAUUAAUGCCAACAUUAGCUGAUAUCGGCUACUCCGGCUAUUUUUAUUUAACAGAUCUGAAUUUGAGUAUCUUAUUUUUUGUACCAAAUGGAGAUUUUCCCAUCGUUACUUCAGUCUUCGAUCAAUUCAUGAAUAAUAAUACCGAUUUACAAUUCCAUCUGAAUUUCACUUCUCUAUUUCCAACAUUUUACGAUUAUUUUGCAGAAAUAAUCAAGCCUUUAAAUGACAGCGGUGGUCAUGCUCUACUUGGCUCUCGUCUUAUUUCUGAGAAGAUCGUUCGUCAACAACCUGAUCAACUAGCUGAAAUACUUGUUAGAAUACGAGGGAGUUCAGAAAAUCGAUCCAUAAUAAGCGGACAUUUUGUAGCUGGUGGGAAAGUAUCCAAGAUAUUGGUAAAUAACAGUAUAAAUUCGGGGUGGCGUACUGCGCUUAUGCAGAUAAUUUAUGGACAAGGAUGGCAUGAAAAUACAUCAGCAGCAGAACAAAGAUCGAUUGCCUCAUAUCUACGAACACAAGUCGAACUUCUUGAAAGUGUGGCUGGUGGAACUCAAUCAAGUUGUUAUAUGAAUGAAGCUGAUCCUAACGAACCUAAUUGGCAACAGAAAUUUUUUGGUACCCAAGCGCAUUACAAUCGAUUAAAAUCAAUUAAAAAAACUGUUGAUCCGGAUGCUUUAUUUAUUUGUAAGAAUUGUGUCGGUAGUGAUGAUUGGUCUCCUGAUCUCAAUUGUCCGAAAAAUGCUCUGUCGAACUGA